AGAUAAAACGAAAAAAUCCCCACUACCACCAUCACAACUAAUGGUUUCAGAUGGCUUGAUAAUCUCCGUAAACAAGUUAUCGAUUUUUGCAUAAUAAACACCUUACCAUAAACAAAACUGACGUUCCCACAAUCUCGUUCAGUGUGUUACCACUUUAAAUCGAUUGAUUGCGGUUUCUGCGGGAUCCCAGGAUAAAUCCGCCAUGGAAGCUGCGACGGUAACCGCUUUGCUGGAAAUCCCAAGCAGCAAUCCGAUUACCUAUUGCCGCCUCUGUUUGUCCAGCUCGCUGGUAGAACCGCUGUAUCCGUGCGAUCCAAAACAGGAUCUUAUUAAUCUAAUCGCUAAAAAUGUCCACGUUGUUCUGAUGAUCGAGGAGGAUCUUCCUUGUGCUGUUUGCCAGAAUUGCCGUUUCAAGUUGGAAGAUUUCGAGCGUUUCAGGGACCAAUGCCAGAAAUUAGACAACUUUAUCCGGACCAGAAAGAGGGAACUGGCUCUACUGCAGGAAGCCGUCGCUGUGCCACAACUUGACACUACAGGAACCUUGAUGGUAUCUGAGACAAUUGACAUUAAAGCCGAUCCGGAAGCACUGCUCGGCGAUGAAGACAGUUUGCCAUACGUGCUGACAGAGGACAGUUGGCACAGAUGUAAGUUCUGUUCGGAAGCUUUCCAGAGCCUGUCCGUGUUACUAGAACACUUCAAAAUGCGUCACCCGGAUGAGUCCAAGAUGUACAAAUGUCCCAACUGUUCCCAGACGUAUUCGGUCGAAUGCAGCGGGUCAAGUAGUCCGGCAUUUAAAUGCGACGAAUGUGAUGCUGGUUUCAGUAAUCGAGUGGGUCUGUCCCGACAUAAAGAUCGUUAUCACGACAAAUCUUCUCCUAACUACUCCACCGAACGACACAAGUGUGAUUACUGUCCAAGCAUGUUCGUUGAUUCAAAACAGCGCUCCAAGCAUCAGAUACAAAUGCAUAUAAGUACUAGUGGUGGUACAAAAAAUACCGCCCAGGUGGACGGGAUUCAUGUUUGCGAGAAGUGUGCUGUCACUUUUUCACCCUACCAGGCACUUCUGGUGCACAUCCAGGAACAUCACUGGAAUGAUCCACCUCAGGAAACAUUCAGCUGCUCGGUGUGCUCCAAGCCAUUUGACAAGCGGCGGCUGCUGCAGUAUCACAUUCUGGUGGCUCAUCUCGGUCAGAUACCGUACGCGUGCAACCAUUGUGGCGAGUGGUUCCGUACCAAGUCGCACUUGAAGCAGCACAAGACAAUGUUCCACGAGCGUGCCAUGGGAGAUGCCAACCGGUGCGAGUUUUGCGGUCAAAUAUUCGAAGAGGAGUCGAAAGAUCCGGUGCAAUAGACGGGACUGAGUGUGAAUUCCUUUCUAUGUGUCUACUAAUAAAGUGAUGUAUUUUGAUCGAACUGA